UAUAUAUAUUUUAGAAACCUCGAUUUUUGUCCCGUUCCUGAUGCCAUCUCUCACACGACCCCUUCAUGCGGACUCUCGUAAGUCAGUUGUCGAUAGCUGGUUGGAGCAGACCAUUCCAAAGGGCAUGAUAAGUCUCGAAGGAAGCAGUAUUCUUCCUACAACAGAGCUUCCAGACGAUGGGAUGUCUCUUCGUGAUGAUGCGUCCACCUCUGCAAGUUCAAUGAUCAUACCAGGCUCAACAUCAACUGGGACAUCCGAGAGACUAAUCACAUCAAGUCCACUGUUCCGCUCGACAUUAAAGAUGAAUGGUGUCCACAUUGACAAUUUCGGUACGAAGACUCCUAAAGAUAUUGAGGAAUUAGUCACCAAACACAUUCGUAGGAAGCGUGACUCUCCUCGCCUUGGGUCCGAAGAGAGGGAUGAAAUCACAUCUAAAAUUGCAGAUUCCUGGGAUAAACCCGAACCUAUGGUUUCAGACAUAAGUAGUUGUUUGUUCCCAGUAGAUCUGAAGAAAGUUUCUCAGGGCGGGGAUACUCUUUGGUCUACUCAACCUCUGCCUCGUAAUCCGGAAUACCCCCAUGGACUCGUUACGCCGAAAACAGACCGUCACUAUGGGUUUCACACCGCUUUGAAGUCAAGUUGGAGCCCUACAGAACUUGCUGCAGCCAGUCAUCCAUCAGUACGACCUUACUCACAACCAACAAACGACAACUUAUUCUCUCUGUUCCUGCUUGAAGUGAAAUCCGAGGCCACGGGUGGAACAUUAUACGCGGCCGAAAGCCAACUUGCUGGCAGCGGAGCCCACCGGGUACAAUCAAUGAGAUGAUGCCUUGAUCAGGUUGACCCGGAUCGAAAAAGAUCCAGCGCGGAUGCACUGGUCUUUUCUGCAGCUUUCAACCAACGACAAGCCGUCGCCCACGUGCAUUAUUACAGUGAAGAGGAGCAACAAUUCUGCAUGUCGUAUAUUGAUGGGUUCUUAUUCACUAAAGACAUACAAGGGUGUCAAGACUUCUCCAAGAAUGUCGUCGACUGGAUGGUCGAAAUUCAACAGCCAAUGAUCAGGGAUGCGUUAUCAAAACUGCAUCCCAUUACCAAGUUAUGGAAGAAGCGUAGUAGCACUGCCACUGAUGCAAUGAGUUCAACAGCAACAGAAGAAGGGAGGCGUGCGAAGGUUCGACGGAACUAGACCAUACCUGAGAUGCCUCUCAAGAGUAUCCUGUAG